GUGCCGGCGGCCGGGGCGCAGUUGGAGGCGGUGGACCUGUGCCGGACCUCCGGCCCGACGGGCAGCGUGGUGCCGCGGGGGCGAGGGCCGCAUCUGAUGAGAAAUGGAAAUCUGGCUCGAAGUCAUCCUUCCUGUGGUUGACAUCACCUGAAAACUCCACUGGAAAUAUUUCCACUAGUUCACUGCAAACAUCAGCUUCCCUGAGGUCCAACGCCCUAGAGAUUAAGGACUGAAUGAACAAAGAGACCAAAUUACCAUCUCCCCCCUCUGGAUGCUGCUGCAUGGAAACAGGAGCAGUACAGAGACUUCUUGUUGCUAUCAGUACUGGGCAAGGCUGAAGUUGGCAUCGCUGCUGUCCUCAGCCAGAGGACGACAAGACACAGCUGUAAAAUGUUCAGCAGAAGACACUGAAUGGUAGAUCCUUAAGAGUCCAGAGGAUGGCAUAGCAGCAACGUCACCGUCCGGGGAGCUGGGGUCCUUCCUCGCCUGCCUCCCUGCCUGCUGCUUGAACCCGUCCCGAGCCUUUUGAUUUUGGACUGAAGGACCCUGAAAACCUUCCUUCCCUAAUUCAUGAGCCAGCAGGAUGUGGUCGCCGUGCUUUCAGAACGCCUGCUCGUAGCGGCCUACAAAGGCCAAGUGGAGAAUGUGGUGCAGCUUAUCAACAGGGGUGCCAAGGUAGCAGUUACCAAGCAUGGCCGGACCCCCCUGCAUCUUGCUGCCCACAAGGGUCACCUCCACGUUGUCCAGGUUUUGCUGAAGGCAGGUUGUGACCUGGAUAUUCAGGAUGAUGGCGAUCAGACAGCGCUGCACCGGGCAGCCGUUGUAGGCAACACCGAUGUCAUAGCCACGCUGAUUCAGGAGGGCUGUGCCUUGGACAGGCAAGACAAGGAUGGGAACACUGCUCUCCAUGAAGCUUGCUGGCAUGGAUUCAGCCAGUCUGCCAAAGUGCUCGUUAAAGCAGGAGCCAAUGUGCUGGCCAAGAACAAGGCAGGUAACACACCUCUUCACCUGGCUUGCCAGAACAGCCAUUCCCAGAGCACUCGUGUUCUGCUGCUUGGAGGAUCUCGAGCAGACCUCAAAAACAAUGCAGGAGAUACCUGUCUGCAUGUGGCUGCUCGUUAUAAUCACUUGCCCAUCAUUAGGGUGCUGCUCACUGCUUUCUGUUCUGUCCAUGAAAAGAACCAGGCAGGGGAUACUGCUCUCCACGUGGCUGCUGCUCUCAACCACAAGAAGGUGGUUAAGCUGCUGCUGGAAGCAGGAGCUGAUGCAUCUGCUGUCAACAAUGCAGGUCAGACCCCUCUAGAGCUUGCCAGGCAGCACAACAACCCUGAGGUUGCACUUCUCCUCACUAAAGCAUCACAGGUCUCGCGCUUUAACCGUGGGAGAAGCCUGAGGAAGAAGAGAGAGAGGCUGAAGGAGGAAAGGAGAGCUCAGUCUGUGCCACGGGAUGAAGUGGUACAGAGCAAGGGCAGCAUCUCAGCUGCUGACGACACGCCCAGCAGUGACCAGCCACCGCAGCAGAAGAGCAACCCCAAGGAUGAACCUCACUCCACCUCACCAGACCCCAAAGGGAAGAAGAGCAAAAAGAAGAAGCCAAAGGAGAAGGUGUCGGCGCACUCGGACCCCAUCUCCCCAGCGGAUCAGCAGACACUCCCUCGGCCCCAGCAGAACCUGCCUAAGCGCAGGAGUAAGCACCACUGCUCCUCUCCUCCCCCGCCCCACGAGGUCCGAGCCUACCAGCUCUACACUCUCUACCGAGGGAAGGAUGGGAAGGUGAUGCAGGCACCGAUAAAUGGAUGUCGUUGUGAGCCCCUGAUAAACAAACUGGAGAACCAGCUGGAGGCAACAGUGGAGGAGAUAAAAGCUGAGUUUGGGACGGUACAAGAUAAGAUGAACGUUAAGCUGGGCCAGAUGGAAAGCAAAACCCAACACCAACUCCGCGUCUUAGACAAGCUGAUGGCAGAGCGGCUGUCGGCAGAGCGAGCAGAGUGCCUGCAGCGCCUGCAGCAGCACGCCGAGCUGGAGAAGAGCCAGGGCGAGAAGCGGCAGAUUUCCUUGGUUGAUGAGCUGAAGACUUGGUGCAUGCUGAAGAUUCAGAAUCUGGAGCUCAAGCUUUCUGGAGAUUCCAGGUCAUCAAGACCAAAAUCAACACUGUCCACUUGUGAGUCUCUCACUGAGACCCUGGAUACUGAGAACAACCCCCACAGUGCCAAGGACUGUAAAGCCAACCAGCCCAGGCUGCAGUCAGAGGGCUCCCACCAGCAUUCCUACAUCACACUUCCAAAUAGCCUCUCAGAAGAUGGGGGAAGAAGCAGAGUCCAGAUGCCAGAGCAGAGCUUUGGGCAGCACUUUUGCACUCAGCAAGAUGGUGCAUCGGGUACAACCUCAUCAGGUACAGAGCAACAGUUAGCUGUCGGCAGAGCAGCCUCCUCCUCUGCCCCUGCUCAAGAUGUCAGGCCAAAGGACAAAGCUGUUGGUGCCAGCACCUUCCACAGGUGCCAACAGGAGCUGUCCUCCUCUGAGCCUUUGGGCUCCAAAUUAAGACAUGUUAAGGUGCAAGCUGCUUUGCAGCCCUUGACUGAACCUGCAAAGGCUGAACCACAGAGCGGCUGCUUCAUCAACAAAGGAACUCAGACAAAGAAGUCCAGCAAGAGUGGGCAGUCGAGGCACAAAGCUCUGCACCACGGUGGGGCACAUCAGAGCCAGGAGCAGCAGCCCUCUGCCCUGCCUGCAGGUCAGCCCCCAGCCCCAGCCAGAGACACCUCCCAGGCCCUGGAGAUAACGCAGUACUUCUUUGAGGCUGUCUCCACGCAGAUGGAGAAGUGGUAUGAACGGAAGAUAGAGGAGGCUCGGUGCCAAGCCAACCAGAAAGCCCAGCAGGACAAAGCUGCACUCAAGGAGCAUAUCAAAAGCUUGGAAGAAGAGCUCAGCAAACUAAGGACUAAGGUGCAGAAGGAGAGCUAGCACCUGCCAAGCAGUAAAGACAAGCACCAGGACUCACUCUGGAACCUGCUGUCUGGGAAACUGAAAUGGUGACACAGAGAUGUAUUUGCAGUGCCUGUUACAUCCACACUGAACUCUGUUUCUGGAGUAGUAACAACUUUGGGAACUCCAGAACCGAGGAGAAUUCAUAUGCAGACUGUCCUGAGGACAAUGAGAUGCUGCAGAUUAGAUCCUUCCCAGUGUCCAUUCAAUAUUGCACUCUCAAUUUCCAGGUGCUGCUCGAAACCAGACUGCAUUAGAAACCAAACCUGCUUUCUGAAAAGGGAAUUUCCACGUUUCCACACAGCUCCUGUGUGGCUGGAGCAUGUCAGUGAGUGCUCCAGGCCAGCACAUGGCCACACCAAUACUGGAAUAGAUGCAGGGUGCUGGAGGGCUUUUGACAGAAAUUCCUUAGUGAUGAAGGGCUAUCAACACUCUUAGCUACUCCCCACGGGCUCUUUCUGUUCAGUGCAGAGAAGCUACAGAACCAACUCAAACUACAGGCCCAUGCUGGUGACAAGUUCAGGCUUCCAGCUGGGAGAGGUCAGGUUCCCAUGGUGAGUCAUCCCGUUAGGUACAGGGGCUUCAGUUGCCACUUUGCUUUUGUGUUGGUUUUACAUGAUUAAAACAAACACUAAAUUUGGAUUGUCUUGAGUUUUAAUGGUGUCCUGGUUGCAAAGCUGCUUGUGGUGGGGCUGUACUCCAGUAAUCUGACUGAGAAGGUUUUUCUUCAGGUUGUGGAUGCCAAAUAUUUCACCAUAACCAUGUUCUACUUGUUAGAGACAAAUGGAAUAUUAUUUUCUUUUCCUCCAAGCAACAGAUGAGUGAAGAAUCUUGACAAAGCCCUUCCCCUAUACAAGUGGGAGCUUGGUUCCCAGCACUCAAAUGGUUCUUCUGCAGAGUCAGGAUUUUCUCCCAGACACCUUGUCCAGACCAGUGUCUUUUGUUCCUCUGAAGGAUUCCUCUCUUUUUUUUUCCUGUGUAAUUAACUCUGCAAGAGAGGCCAGGUCUGGUGAGUCUGCACUUCUCAGGACUGGUUUCACCAACAGUCCCACAAAGGAAAAUGAUGUUGAGUUCUAGAGAUUUAUUUUGUUGUCAUAUUGCAGCUCACAAUGACCAAUUGUUGUCCAGGUUGAGGCAAUGUAAAUUGUUGCCUCUGCACCCCCUUGAAAGUUUCCUCCUUAUGCCUCUGAGGAGGCUCCAUCAGAUUCUGCUAGAAAAAUGUUUACUGAACUGAUGAUGAUAGUAGAACUAACUGUUCAAAAAGAACUCAAACACAAUGCAGUGCUCUUAUGCCAAGGAGAUUUUUUUCCUGUACUGAAGAGCCCUAAAAUCAAUACAAAAGACUUUUCCAGUAUUGAAGGCACUGCUGACUAAUUAAAGUUUUCAUCUUCUUAGCAGAUGUAUAAAGCAAAGCAAAUUGUAUUAUUAUAUAUUUUUGAAGUCCCUAUUAAUGCACUGUCACGACCAGAAAAGUGUACCUGCAGCUAUCCUAGUUUUAUGGCUCUGCCUUCCAUAGUCUAAUCUAGACACUUUGGUAUGUUUACAGGUUUGUUUCAGCUACUGUAGGAAUGCAGAAGCAUGCUACUCAAGUUUUGUAUCAUCUUGAUAAAGUGAACGUUUUGCCAAGCAAUUAAAGUUAAGUGUUGCUCAGAA